AUGGAAUCCUUCAGACGGGAAUCAACUAAUCUUUUACAGCGGAUUGAGAAUGGCGAGGUGACAAGGGGACAGAUCGCCCCUGAACUGUACAAGCUUUUUCAAGCAUAUAAUGUUCUCAAUUUUAUGCCGUAUCUUCGCCAAUUUUUUCCACCUUCUGUCAACGCUGUCCCGCAAGGUAGAACCGCUUUCGGCAAUGCUGUCCCGUUUAGGGCGGGUCCGGCAAUGUUCAAUGGACAGCAAUAUUAUGGACCACAACCUGGCUAUCCACCAAAUAGGUACUUUGCGGUGGGUGCAUAUGUUUAG